CCCAAAACAAAAUUACGUGUUUGUAGGUUCUCUGAACAUUCGUUGGAUUUCUCAAUCUCUUCUCUUUGCGGCGCAAUGGUUUACAUAACAUCGUGGGAUGAGUUCGUAGAGCGAUCAGUGCAGUUGUUCCGUGCCGAUCCCGAUUCUACACGGUAUGUGAUGAAGUACCGGCACUGCGAUGGCAAACUGGUUCUCAAGGUCACUGAUAACCGAGAGUGUCUCAAGUUUAAGACAGACCAGGCACAGGAGGCUAAGAAGAUGGAGAAGCUUAACAACAUAUUCUUCACUUUAAUGGCUCGGGGUCCUGAUGCAGAAACAUCAGAAGUUACUGGGAAGGAACAGAUGGAUGCACAGCCAACCAAGAAAGGAAGAGGAAGGAAACAAUAACUUUGUUUGCUACUAGACAAAUAGGCUUCGGACAAAUUUUAGUAGGCAUCAUUGGUGACUCGAAAGAUGAUUUGCAAACUGUUAUGCCCCAAAAUUCCAUUAAAAUCAUUUAGGUUAAAUCAAAUUUUCAAGGGGGAUGUUGCCUCAUUAAGGUUAAAUCAAAUCAUUUUUGUUUCAUUUAUACGGAUCAUUGUUACUUUUCACUGGCUUCCUUUAUGUGGAUUCUUGUGCAUUCA